AGAAUAUGUACCCCAUAAAGCCGUGGCGUCGCAGGAACGCGUUCACUUGAAGCGGACCAUUACGUUUUCAUUUCACACAGACGGCGAGGCCAGAGGGACCGGAGAGAGAGGAGGGCUUCUGCUCAGGCGACAGGCACCAUCGGACCGUUACAAGCCCACCAGCCUGCCGCUCGCCUCCCUGUCGAUUCUAAUCCCUUCAUCUGAGCCGCCUCUGUCAUCACCAUGGAAACCCCAGUGCAAAAACGCGUAGGCCGCGAAUCUGCAGGCGGCACGCCGCUUUCUCCGGCUCGUAUCACCAGGCUGCAAGAGAAGGAAGACCUGAGCAACCUCAAUGACCGCCUGGCAGUCUACAUCGACAAGGUGCGCUCGCUGGAGGUGGAGAACGCUGGCCUGCGAUUACGCAUCACUGAAUCGGACACGGAGGUAAGCCGCGAGGUAACGGGCAUGAAGGCGGCCUAUGAGACGGAGCUGGCCGAUGCCCGCAAGACCCUGGACCAGGUGGCCAAGGAGAGGGCACGCCUCCAGCUGGAGCUGGGAAAGAUCAAGGAGGAGUACAAGGAGCUCAAAGCCAGGAAUGGAAAGAAGGAAGCUGACCUGGAGGUUGCCCUGGCCAGACUCCGAGACCUGGAGGCGCUGCUCAACUCCAAAGAUGCCUCGCUCACCACAGCACUGGGCGAGAAACGCACCCUGGAGGCUGAAGUUAAGGACCUCAAGGCCCAACUGGCCAAGGUGGACGGAAACCUGGCUGAUGCCAGGAAGCAGAUCCAGGAUGAGAUGCUGAAGCGGGUGGAUGCUGAGAACCGACUGCAGACCCUGAAGGAGGAACUCGACUUCCAGAAGAGCAUCUACAAUGAGGAGCUGCGUGAGACCAAACGCAGACAUGAUCUACGUGUGGUGGAAAUGGACAGCGGCCGGCAGACUGAGUUUGAGAGCAAAUUGGCAGAUGCACUGGUUGAGCUACGAGCCCAGCACGAAGACCAGGUCCACAUCUACAAGGAGGAGCUUGAGAAGACCUACCAUUCCAAACUGGAGAACGCACGUCUGUCCGCCGACAGGAACAGUAACCUGGUGGGCGCCGCGCACGAGGAGCUUCAGCAGACUCGCAUCCGGCUGGAGAGCAUGUCCGCCCAGCUGAGCCAGCUGCAGAAACAGCUGGCGGCCCGCGAGGCUAAGGUGCGUGAGCUGGAGGAGAUGCUAGCGCGGGACCGGGACAUGCUGCGCCGGCGUCUGGAGGGUAAGGAGCAGGAGAUGGCCGAGAUGCGCAGCAAGAUGCAGCAGCAGCUGGACGAGUACCAGGAGCUGCUGGACAUCAAGCUGGCGCUGGACAUGGAAAUCAGCGCUUACCGGAAGCUUCUGGAGGGAGAGGAGGAGAGACUGCGCCUGUCUCCGAGUCCCCCUCCGACCAGGGUCAUGGUCACGCGCACCUCCAACUCCUCCCACAGCCAUACCAGUCGUGCCAUCUCCUCUGCCAUGGCCUCCAGCAGCCGCAACUCCUCAGGCACCACCAGCGCCAAGAAGCGCCGUCUGAACGACAACGACAGCGAGACGUCCAGCGUGGCAAGUGGCAUGGUGACCAAGACACGCAUCAACCAGCAGGCCUCGGCCAGCGGGCGCGUCACUGUGGACGAGGUGGACCUGGAGGGCAAGUAUGUCCGUCUCAGCAACAAGGCUGAUGAGGACCAGUUGUUGGCUCACUGGCAGGUGAAGCGACAGGUCGGUACCGGCAGUCCCAUCGCCUACAAGUUUCCUCCCAAGUUCACCCUGAAGGCCGGAGGCACCGUCACCAUCUGGGCCUCAGCCAGCAGUGGAAGCCACAAUCCUCCAUCUGACCUGGUCUGGAAGACUCAGAACUCCUGGGGCACCGGAGACCUGAUCCAGACGGAACUCAUCAGCGCCAAUGGAGAGGAGAUGGCCAUGAGGAAAGUCACGCGCACCUUAUUCCACGAUGAUGGAGAUGAUGACAUGGGAGCUCACAGCACCAGCGGCGUGGAGAGCGAGUACAACCUGCGGAGCCGUACGGUGAUCUGCGACUCCUGCGGCCAGUCGUCGGAGCGCGGGAGCUCGGCCGUGUGCAGCAGCGGCGGGGGGCUUCCCGAGGGUCUCGGUGGGCACUCCUUCAUCAUGGGCACCAACCAGCCCAGACAGGGCCGCCCUAACCCGGAGAACUGCUCCAUCAUGUAAAACAAGACCAACUCACCUGAACCCACGACCUCCUGCAGCCCAUUCAGGAGACAUAUUUUAUACCAGUUAAUGUUGUCUUUUUGUUUUUCUUCAUGUUUUGUAUGACCUGGUUUAUUAUUCGGAGUCAUCUGCAGGAUGGACUGGCUUGGCAAGGGAUCCUUUCUUCUUCUUCUUCUUCUCUUAUUUAGCGCUGACUUUAUAUAUCCAGUCUGUUAUUGCAUGUGGGCCUGACUGCUGCUUCUACUAACGUGUGCACUGCGGAUAUACACUAAUGUACAAAUGAGUAUUCACACGCACACACGGCUCUCUGUUGACCAGCCCCUAUGCAUUAUCUGACCUGGGCUUUCACAUCCAGUGGCCAAGCUGUCAUCCCUCAACACGCACAGCCGGUAAACUUGUCAGGAAUGAGUGUGCGGGAGAGAACCCGGGCGGUCAGGACCCUGGCCGCCCACAUGUGCGGGAGAGAACCCGGGCGGUCAGGACCCUGGCCGCCCACAUGUGCGGGAGAGAACCCGGGCGGUCAGGACCCUGGCCGCCCACAUGUGCGGGAGAGAACCCGGGCGGUCAGGACCCUGGCCGCCCACUUGUGCCGUCCGGCCAGUUUCUGACAGCCUUUUUAUGAAGUGCAGUAGGAUUUAACCUGUAAGUAGGACUUAACCCGGUCUGAAGUUCUGGAUCGGUGGGUAAUUGUGCGUUUGUGUGCAUGUUGGGAUGGUGCGGUGUGGUUGCAGAGUGGCGUGGUUGGGGCGGGGGGGGGCACCGAGGGUUUUGUCCAUGGAGUCAGCCACUAGGUGCACCCGCCCAAUGAGAGGUUUUUCAGAUAAUGGUUUGGGUGGACGUGUGCUUGGUUGUAAUUGCUUCGUUUGCUUUGUUGUUGGCCAGACGAUGGAGUCCGUUCUGGACGUGUGUUGGGGCAGUACAGCGACUGACAGAAUAGAUGGAGCUUCCAGACGAAUCAUGUUGAUGCGACGUGUCCAUGAAGGAACUGUCAGGACCGGCAGUGGUCGACAGGCCUCCCUCCCUGUCUGUCUGUUUAACUAAUGUAUGCCCAGAUACCCGUUUGAAUCUCCAUGCAAGCCAAACUCACGGUCGCAUCUCGUCUGCACAGUGAAAAGUGUUGUUAUUUGUUGUUUUUAGUCAGUUGUGGUUGUCACCAGGAGUCAUGAUGUCAGUAUCCGUGAGAGACCUUCUGCUUGUGAGUGUCUGUAGAGCUGAGGGCUCGUGGUCGCUGACUCGAGCAGCACCGAUCGGAUCCUUGAGCAUGGUCUCAGUCAUGGCCACAUGUACAUGUUGUCUGUUACCGGGUCAGUUUUCUUGAUGACUUCCGGACACCUUAUGAGACGUGUCGCGAGUUACUCGUCAACAUACGGUGACAGCCUCACAAAUGUAGUUUGAGAAGAACUUGUCUUAUAUCUUUAUAGGAGUUCCUGCUGUCAAGCCGGCGUUGUGCCCGGCUGCAGAGACUUGCCCCGAGUCGCUGCUGCAGCACACUCAAAACAACGUUACACUCCCUUCACAGAGCAGUUGCUUACAGACCGAGACAAAACACAAGUGCCUUCAUGCAGCUUUCUGGAAGCAGAAAUAUCGGUGUCUGUUGGCGCCUCGUGAAUAACUUGCUCACAUGCUUUAUAUUGUAGUCUUGUGACUGUCAGUAGUCCCCAUUUGGCUUCUCUCUCUCUCAGAAACACUGGUCAAAAGGGCUUUUUCUUCUUUUUGUGUUUCCUCUAAAGCUUUAUGGCGCUGCACAUCCUCAGGCAUGCUUUCGAGUAUUGAAUGUUAGCAGGGUUGUGGGGUCUGUAUCCAGUUUGGCUUAAUGUGCUGCAUUCACCGAUGGCCUUGCCAGCUGUGCACGGCAGGUAGAUUUGUACUGUAGUCUGGCAGCUUCAGUUUUACUCCGUAUCAAAGCAGGUUUGGAGAAUACUUGAUGGCUUUUUUUUUUUGCAAUGUUUUUGUUUUGUAUGGUAUUUUAUGCAAACUAUCACUUACCAAAGGAGAUUUUUGUGCUCAGAUUUUUGCUCUUCAAAGAAAAUAUUUUAGGUAGAUGUCGGAUUUUGAUAUUGUGCCUCUCCAAGUGCCUUAAAGUCCUGAUGCUGAUUUAAAAUGAAUAAAGUUAAACCUCAACACCGCCACCUCGUGAGAAAUUGCUUCUACCAAAGAUGUUUGUAUUCGUCUUGUGUUACACUAAGGUGUACUCUGAGUAUAUUUGCCUGUAUAUGACAGAAGGUUGAAUCAACCCAUGUGGACACAGCGUUUCUUGAGACACGUUUCAUCAUCAUCUGAGUGACGUCUUCAGUCCCACGUACCACGACGCAAGACUGUCACUGAAGACAGUAACGUCGUGUCCACAGGAGCUGAUUCCACCUUCUGUGACUUUCUUACCUGGCUUAUCGAGCAGCAUCACCACACCUUAGCCUGGACGUUCUCAAGAUGUCAUAAGAGGUGGUGGUGUGCAGACCACUCCAUGUACAGCUGGGGACUAAAGGGUUGAGCAGCCAUUCACAGGCUCCUUUCUAGCCGUCAAAGCACCUAUGUAUGCAUAGUCACACAAUUUACAUUUAAGUUCCCCAUGUUUAGGUCUGCACAGUCGCCCCGUGUCAGCGUUUGUUCACAAUGCUGGUCCUGAAAAGUCAUUUGGAACCAUGUCAGACUGGCAUGCUGCCCAUCCUGAUACAGCUGAUGAUAGCAGACAUGCAACAGACCUACAUAUCAAAACACAUGCAUGUUAGGAUUAAUACUCCUGCCUGUGCCCCUGAGCAAGGCGGUGGAAAGAGGACCAGGAGUUGGUCCCCGGGCGCUGCCGCUGCUACACAACAGGAUGGUUGCAUGCAGAGAACACACUCACUGCAAGAACACAAUGUCACAUAAAGUGGCUUUCACUUUCGGUCAUGUCUGUUGUUGAUCAGCAUUGUCAGCAGGCGCCGUCAGGCGACGGGUGGCAGUUUCAUGAAAGCCACAACACUUAGAGACCCUUUGAGGGUGUUGGUAAAUGCUAAGUCCACCCUUUAGUCCCGAUGUACCUGUUAGAAUCACCUCUAGUCCACGAGACGCUGAAGCGUUUCUGAAAGGGGCUCGGUGUCGAUGUGAGCGGUUAAAGCUGGGCCGUCGUGUUCGCAUGUUAUAAUCAUAUUAAUCACAAUAAUCACCCUUAUGGAAAAGCCAGGCAACCGCAGUCCAUGUAAUGAAUGUUAUUUUCUGUUUUAUACAAAAAUAAAAUGGCAAGUAAAACCCCUUUUCCCAAGAAUGGUGGUCAGUAAUGUGU